ACUGCGUAUAGCCAUCACCCCUCGUUUUGAUCACUUACCAGCAGCAGUUGUGCUGUAUUGAACACCCAAAUGCCGCACACUGCACCUGAAAGCUGCGACGACCGCGGAAUGGAUUUACAGGGGUCUGAAGAUGUUAGCGAAAGGCAACUAGUAUCUAAUUCGGUUCAAGUGUAUAUGCAUCGAGAGCAGAGCAGGGGUGAUAAUUCUGAGCCCAGUGAUCUGUCAGCGUCUCAGCUCCACGACCAAGCAAUCAUACAUUUUCGGGAUUACGAACGCAAGCAUGAGGUUUUUUACUUGGACAGAUCGGUGGAGAAAUUGAAACGCGCUCUGGAUGUCGCAAACAGAAAUCCAAAGGGCAGCCGCCCCAGCCAAGAGCUCAUCGCGAUCAACCACGACUUGAUCAGGAUGUUUGCGAACCGAUACAUGCAUACACGGAAUGAGGCAGACCUACAAGCUGGGAUCAGCGCAGGCUAUAAUCUUGUCGGGAUUCUUCCUGUCAAUGAUUCUACAAGAGAACAGUUCCUAGCUACAAUUGGAUACCUUCAUGGUCUACGUUAUACUAGAACCGGCAACAAAGAUGACCUUGACGGAGCUAUUACUGGCGCCCAGAUCACUCUCCGGGACUCCCCCUUGGACUCGCUGGAUCAUCAAGACAUGCGUUUGAACUUAGCAGGUUGGCUUUUGGACAGGUAUCAUGACACUGUCUCGCGAAACCCGGAUGAUCUGAAUGGGGCCAUUGAAGGGGCUAGCCUUGCCACGCGAGUUUUGCGGCAUCAUGAUCCAAGCCAACAAAAAAGGGCGGUUGCACUUUUGAUCUUAGCUUCGGCCCUGUAUGCCAGAUUUGAGGGAAACGAAGAUGCUGGUGCUAUCAACAAGGCCAUAGAAACAUUGCAGGAGGCUUUGCUCGUUAUUCCUGGAAGUCACCAACUGAGACCACAAAAGAUGAUGGAUCUGGGCACAUUUCGUGGCCAUCGUUUUCUAUGUUCAGGAAACAUUGAUGAUAUUCAGAAUGUGAUUCACUCUAUUGCAGAGGCACAGGAACUAAUUGAACCCGUUGGUGGUGAUGCAUUUGCGAACACUCUGGAUCGGCUGGAGCGUUGGGCCAUGCCGCGAUACGUGACCACUGGCAUGGCAAGCACCCUAGAUCGUUUUCUCCUUCUCACUGAGGAAGCAGCUAGGCAAUAUCCGAACCAUCCUACCGUUCUCUACCAUUUGGCCAAGCAUCUGCUUCUGCGGUCUGAUAGAACCGAUUCGAAAGAAGACAUCGACCUCGCCGUGGAAACUCUCAAACCGUUGCUGACUAUUACAAACCAAAGCUUGUAUCAACUAGAGAAGGUUCUGUGCACUCUGACCAACGCGCUGUCCCGGAGAUUUUCCUAUAGUCAAAACUUAAUAGACGUCGACGAGGCUAUCCUUUUAGCAAUGCAAGCAUUGGAGCUGCCCGCUACAAGCAAUACCACUCGCAUGUCAACGAAGCUGGUUCUCUGCACAAGCCUGAUCUCGCGGUUUGAGGCAACCAAGGACAAGAAAAAUCUUGAUGAAGCGGUCGAACUCGUGAAAGCGUUGGUAGAGAGCGUCCCUCCUAAUUAUCUAGAUCGACCUACCAUGCUCAGUGUAUACGGAGAGGUUCUGGUCUCACGAUAUGAAACCUACAGAAACCCAGCCGAUAUCGAUCUAGGUAUUAGUCUCCAGGAAGAAGCCGUGUCCUUGGUCUCUGAAGACGAUAUUCGCCGCCCAAAAAUAGCCUCAUGUCUUGGAGUAUUACUUCGCCGCCGGUUUGAACGGUCUGACAACAUCGAGGACUUGAAUCUCGCUAUAGAUAUGAUGGCAUUUGCCGUGAAUUAUGGACCGCCUAUUAUGCAUUAUCGAUCCAAAAUGCAGAUUAAUUUAGGAGUCUUUCUCAAUUUACGAUAUUUUAGAGUCGGCGCCCUCGAAGAUGCAAACCGAGCUAUCGAAAUAACUGAGUCUAUCCUAAACAAAGGCGAAUUGUCUGACUCUUCCUUAGCACGUUGCUUGACACACCUUGCCAGUACAUACACUAACCGUUUCCUCCGUCUGAAGGUCAAGGAUGAUGUGGAUAUGGCAAUUGGGCUUAUGCAGCGCGCAGUUGAUGAGACCCCGGAUGGAUGUGAGAACUAUGUUCGAUUCUCAGUGAGCCUAGGGCAGCUAUUGAUCCGGCGAAGCCUUCUCGAAACGAACAACCGCCAAAAAGAUGACAUUGAUGAGGGCAUCGAACACUUAGCCCGUUGGCUUAAAGUCAUGCCCGAGGACGAUCCUGGGCUGUUACAAGCUAAAAUUGAUUUAGGUAACAGCCUCCGUCGUCGGUUUCAUUUGGCGUAUAAUACCAGCGACAUAGACGAUUCGAUUGAAAUACUUUCAGAUGCUUCAACGAACCUAGAAAACGAUCAUACACUACGAGCGGAUAUGUUUCUUGCGCUCGGGAAAUCCCUGGAGUCCCGCCAGCAACAUACCAAAGACACGACGCAGCAAGACCGAAAAGAGGCCGUAGAAGCCUUCUCUGAGUGUUUCAAUAGUCCCAAAGGACUUCCAAGACUCCGCAUCGCUGGAGCGGACCUCGCUGCUACCAUUCUAGAGUCUUGGGGCAGGUGGGAGGAAGCAUUAAAUCUCUUGAAGGGAGCACUGGACUUAUUUGUCAUAACAAGUCCGAGAUUGCUCUCACGGCCCGAUCAGCAGAACCAGCUCAAGGAAUUUGGGGGCAUCACCAGCAGAGCGACUUCAGUAGCACUCAAUGCGGGUCUUCCACAGUAUGAAGCCUUGAGAUUGUUAGAGGUCGGUCGGGGGGUUAUGGCAAGUCUCGCGCUAGAGCGUCGUGUAGAUGUCACAAUGCUUGAUCCUGGUAUUGCGUCCAAGUUUGAAAGGGCUCGAACAAAAUUAGAGACAUCUCAAAGACUUGCGCAUGCAGUCGUCGAUGAUGAUCUCGCUUGCUGGGUCAGACAAUCUCGGGACCGUUUUGACGCUGAGAAGGACCUGCAGGAGAUCGUAACUUAUAUUCGUUCACGUCCAGAAACGAAAGGCUUCCUCGAUGUUCCGUCUCUGGGGGAUGUAACCAAAGUUAUUAACGAUGAUACCAUCGUGGUAUUGAACGAAAGCCAAAGUGGCUGCGAUGCCUUCCUACUCGAUAGAAUCCACGGCGUUAGAGUCGUGACCCUACAUAAGUUGAUACAACCAGAUGUCAAAUAUUGGGUCGAUAAGCUCCGGUCUGAACGGCCUCGCAUCAACCCCCUUAUGCUUGAAUGGCUGUGGGCCGCAGUUGCGGAGCCUGUGCUGGAGGCAUUGGGGUUCAAGUAUCAGCCGUCGCGAACUAGGUUACCUCGGGUGUGGUGGAUUAUGGUUGGCAUGAUGAGCCACCUUCCGAUUCAUGCCGCGGGAAUACAUAGCAACCCUACGAAAACAACGUUACGAUGCGUGGUAUCGGCAUACGCUGCGUCGUUGCGGGCAUUUGUUGUUUCGCGGACGCAUAGCUCCCAAGUAGACCUACGUGCGCAACAUAAAGCCGUCCUAGUGGGGAUGCCCACGACUCCUGGGUACGGAAGCCUGCCUUUCGCCACGGAAGAAAUACGAAAGCUGAAAGACAUUUGUCCACGGCUGGGCCUCAAGCCAGUGGAACUCGAGCGGCCUUCUAAAGUGGACGUGAUGUCACACUUGGCAGAUUGCUCGAUAUUCCAUUUUGCUGGACAUGGCCUCUCCAAUCCACUGGAUCCAUCAGAAAGUGGUCUUAUGCUGGAGGACGGACUUUUAACUGUGACUGAUCUUCAGGAUAAGUGUUACAGAAAUCAUGGUCCUUUCCUAGGUUUUCUUUCAGCAUGUUUGACGGGCGCCAAUGAUAUGGAUGCGCUGAUAGACGAAGGAAUUCAUCUGAUCAGUGCAUGUCAGCUUGCGGGAUUUCGUCAUGUUAUUGGGACGCUCUGGCAGGUGUCGGAUAAGACUUGCGUGGAAGUCGCAGAGAGAGUCUAUAAGGCUAUCGCAGCGGCAGACAGUAAUAAAGAUGAUGCUGUCUGCCUGGGGCUUCACGAGGCUGUUGUCAUUCUACGAGACACUUGGGCCAAACAACACUUCAUACAGAACGAGCACGCCGAUCAAGUGAUGGACGGACAGAUCGUCCAUACCCGGGACACCAAGCUGAAAUUAAAAAAGUCGCAACCAACAUCGCUUAUUGAAGCAAAUUGGAUACCUUAUGUAUGUUACAGUCCCUAGCGUGUCGACAGAAUGGACUCUGGUAGGGUGUAAUAGGCUACUUUAUUUUUAUUUUUCAAGUAGUCUUAUCCAAUGUGUACUUUCCUGGGGUGGGAAUUAAAUGAUUACAUGUAAAUGGAAAGAUCGCUGGCGGCGCAGUGAGGAGUUUCGUGGUUUGCUGUGCUCAUGACUUGAUCUAUCAUCUUUGAAAAAGUAUCGCGUGAUGAACUAGGUUAGAUACUACCUGCAUGUAUGGUAUAUUAGUCAAGCC